AUGCCAAACUGGGGAGGAGGAAAGAAGUGUGGCGUCUGCCAGAAAGCGGUGUACUUCGCCGAGGAGGUGCAAUGUGAAGGCAGCAGCUUCCACAAGUCCUGCUUCUUGUGCAUGGUCUGUAAGAAGAACUUGGACAGCACCACGGUUGCUGUGCACGGAGAGGAGAUCUACUGCAAGUCCUGCUAUGGCAAGAAGUACGGCCCCAAGGGCUACGGCUACGGGCAGGGCGCAGGGACGCUGAGCACCGACAAGGGCGAGUCUCUGGGAAUCAAAUAUGAAGACUCUUUCAUCCCCCAUCUUGCCUGUGCAGCCGUGAUCAUGAACUCUUUCACCAACCCCAACGCAUCCAGAAUGGCCCAGAAAGUGGGAGGUGCUGAUGGGUGCCCUCGCUGCGGUCAAGCGGUGUACGCAGCCGAGAAGGUGAUCGGAGCUGGAAAGUCCUGGCACAAGUCCUGCUUCCGCUGUGCCAAAUGUGGCAAAAGCCUGGAGUCCACCACCCUGGCAGACAAGGAUGGGGAGAUCUACUGCAAAGGUUGCUACGCCAAGAACUUCGGUCCCAAGGGCUUUGGCUUCGGGCAAGGCGCCGGGGCGCUUGUCCAUUCGCAGUGAGGCACCAGCAGUUGGGCUCUCAGCUC